GUCGGUGCGUCCGUGUGUCCGUGUGUCCGGCUGUCGGUCCGCCCGCCCGCCCGCCGCCCCCAUGCUCCGCGCUUAGCGCUGCCGGCCCCAGCCAUGUCCACCGUGCAGCUCUACACCAAGUACACUAGGGUUUGGAUUCCUGACCCUGAUGAAGUUUGGAGAUCAGCAGAAAUUGUCAAGGAUUACAAAGAGGGAGAUAAAAGCCUCCAGCUGAAACUUGAAGAUGAAACUCUCUACGAAUAUCGUCUUGACCUCCAAGGAAAUGAGCUGCCUCUCCUAUGCAAUCCAGAUAUCCUGGUCAGAGAGAAUGACCUGACAGCCCUCAGCUACUUGCACGAGCCUGCAGUCCUGCACAACCUCAAAGUCAGGUUCCUGGAGAGCAACUUUGUCUACACGUACUGCGGUAUCGUGCUUGUGGCCAUCAACCCAUACGAGGAGCUGCCAAUCUAUGAAGAAGAUGCCAUCUAUGCAUACAGUGGCCAAAACAUGGGGGACAUGGAUCCCCAUAUCUUCGCAGUGGCCGAGGAAGCCUACAAGCAGAUGGCCAGGGAUGAGAAGAACCAGUCCAUCAUUGUGAGCGGGGAGUCGGGCGCUGGGAAGACGGUCUCUGCCAAAUACGCCAUGCGCUUCUUCACCACCGUCGGGGGCUCUGCCAGCAAGACUAACAUCGAGGCCAAAGUCCUCGCAUCGAACCCAAUUAUGGAGGCCAUUGGAAAUGCUAGAACAACAAGGAAUGACAACAGCAGUCGAUUUGGGAAAUACAUUGAGAUUGGUUUUGAUAAAAGAUACCACAUCAUUGGUGCCAACAUGAGGACGUAUCUGUUGGAAAAAUCUCGGGUUGUAUUUCAGGCAGAGCAUGAGCGCAACUACCACAUCUUCUAUCAGCUCUGUGCCUCCUCAAGCCUUCCAGAAUUCAAAGAUCUCGGACUCACCUGUGCAGAAGACUUUUUCUACAUUUCUCAGGGAGGUGACACGUCCAUCAGUGGUGUGGAUGAUGCUGAUGACUUUGAGAAAACGAGGCAUGCCUUCACCCUGCUUGGAGUGAAGGAGUCUCAUCAGAUGACCAUUUUUAGGAUAAUAGCGGCCAUUCUGCACCUUGGGAACUUGGAAAUCCAAGUGGAACGAGGAAGUGAAGCCUGUAGUCUGUCGAGCGAGGACGAGCACUUGAAGAACUUCUGUGGCUUGCUGGGCGUGGAGCUCAGCCAGAUGCAGCACUGGCUUUGCAACCGCAAGCUCGUCACCACGGCUGAGACCUACGUCAAGAACAUGUCCCUGCACCAGGUGGUGAACGCCAGGAACGCCCUGGCCAAGCACAUCUACGCCCAGCUCUUCAACUGGAUCGUGCAGCACAUCAACAAGGCCCUGCACACCACUGUCAAGCAGCACUCCUUCAUCGGCGUGCUCGAUAUCUAUGGGUUUGAAACUUUUGAAGUGAAUAGCUUUGAACAGUUCUGUAUCAACUACGCCAACGAAAAGCUCCAGCAGCAGUUCAACUUGCACGUGUUUAAACUGGAACAAGAAGAGUACAUGAAGGAGGGAAUCCCUUGGACUCUCAUAGAUUUCUACGAUAACCAGCCCUGCAUAGACCUUAUAGAGGCCAAACUUGGGAUCCUGGACCUGCUGGAUGAAGAGUGCAAGGUUCCCAGGGGCACUGACCAGAACUGGGCACAGAAGCUGUAUGACCGCCACGGCUCCAGCCAGCACUUCCAGAAGCCCCGCAUGUCCAACACCUCCUUCAUCAUCCUGCACUUCGCUGAUAAGGUGGAAUACCAGAGUGAGGGAUUUCUGGAGAAGAACAGGGACACCGUGUAUGAGGAGCAGAUCAGCAUCCUGAAAGCCAGCAAGUAUCCAAUGGUGGCAGACUUAUUCCACGAAGAGAAGGGUGCUGUGCCCGUCACUCCCGUGGGAAAGGGAACAUCCAAAAUCAGCGUCCGUUCUGCCAGGCCAGCCAUCAAAGCUGCCAACAAGGAGCACAAGAAAACAGUGGGACACCAGUUCCGCAAUUCGCUGCAUUUGCUGAUGGAGACCCUGAAUGCCACCACCCCACACUACGUGCGCUGCAUCAAACCCAACGACGAGAAGCUGCCCUUUAAAUUUGAUCCAAAGAGGGCAGUGCAGCAGCUGAGAGCCUGUGGAGUGCUGGAGACCGUCCGGAUCAGUGCAGCUGGAUUCCCAUCCAGGUGGUCCUACCACGACUUUUUAAAGAGGUAUCGUGUGCUUAUGAAGAAGACAGACCUCGCUAAGAACGACAAGAAGCAGAUCUGUAAGACCCUGUUGGAAGACCUCAUUAAGGAUCCAGACAAGUUCCAGUUUGGACAUACCAAGAUCUUCUUCCGCGCAGGCCAGGUGGCGUACCUGGAGAAACUGCGGGCAGACAAGUUCAGAGCUGCCAUCAUCAUGAUUGAGAAGACGGUGCGGGGGUGGCUGCAGAGGGUCAAGUACCAGAGGCUGAGACAAGCCACAGUCGUCCUCCAGCGCUACACACGCGGGCACCUGGCACGGAGGUGGGUCGUGGGGAGCCCUCCGAGGAAAGAGCUGGCUGGGAACUCGAGUGUCUUCAACUUGAGGUUUUCGUACAAAAACACCUUUGAAAACGCCCUGCGUGGGGUGUUGCCUUUUAACCCCUUGAAU